GCAGAGAGAGUACCUGUUAAAUCCAUCUGCAUUUCCUCUGAGGUCCCCAGUGAUGUUGUGGAAAAUGGAAAGUGUGUUCUUGUCCCAGCAUGUGGAUAUCCACACAGCGACCCAGGCUCCCAGCUGCAUCUAUCCCAGCUCUGUUGCAUCAUGGGCAGCUUCAGUUUCAGCCGCUGGCCCCUGAUCCUGCUCCAUAUGCUUCUGCUGCAGAUUCAGGCUGUUCAGGUGCAGGGAAUUGAUCCUGUAUCUCAGAAACUACGACGACUCAACGAACAGUUCCAGCAGUUCCAGGCGCUGACCCAGGCCCGUUUGGACAUGUUGGCCCAGAACCAGAACAGAAACUUCUCAGGGGGGCUGGAGAGCCGCGUUCAGGCCCUGAGUGACCACUGGCGCCACAUGACACAGGACCUCGAGCAGCUCAAGCAGAGCACGACGCAGGAGAUCGAGGGUCUCAGAGAGUGGAGCAGGAAGCUGGAGAAGAAGAGUAAGCGUAUGGAGGGUCGCCUGGCUUUGAUGGAGAGGAACCUCAGGGAGAGCCGCCGCCAAGCGCAGAAACAGAAGCCCGAGCCUGAACCUGGUCAGGAUUUCUUCAACCUCACCCUGGAGCUCCAGAGCCAAGAGGAACGGCUGGCUGCCCUUCAGGUUCAGCGUGAUGAGCUGCUCAUUGGGCUGAAAGGGUUGCAGGAAUCCCUGAAGAACCAGGCAUUGCGUGUGACCCGGCUGGAGGGCCGGGUGGGCGAGGUCCUGCAGCAGAAUGGAGGAGGGAAAAGCAGAGGGUUGUGGAGGAUGGGAGAGCCCUUCAGCUCCAACAUCACACCUCAGGAAAACUAUGAUCUAAGCAGGAGAAGUCAGACACAGAGAGGAGAGAGGCCUGGAAGGAUUCUGGACACCCAACCCAGAUCAGAAGGUAUCGGCUAUUCCCAGACUGAUGAUCAUCCACAUCCACAGCCCUAUCAAUACCAGGCAACACCAAACCAGCCUAAACAUUCAAAGACCCAGAGGCAAAGACCUCAGCCAGAAUACCCAGCACAGUAUUCAAAUCCUAAACCUCACUCCACAGAGUACCUGCCCCAGCCUGACCUUUACCCUCCCCAGUCACAGAUCCAGGUGCCGGCCCAGAUAAGGCCCUACCCAAUCCACCAGGAGCAGCUCCAGUCUCGCCAGACUGUGCCUAAUCUUCAUGCUCAGCUCCAGCAACAAUCCCAGCCUCACUUAUAUCGCCAGAGACACCCCCAGUUACACAACCCCAGUCACCGCUCUUGGCCCCUGCCCCUGCGCAACGCCCCAACCCGUCCUGAACCCAACAGAGACAGACAGAGUGGGAACAGUCAGGGUGCUCCACAGGGUGCUUCAGACGAUCUCCCUCAGCCCGAGCCCGAGUCUUAUCAGCCCAGGGUGAGCGUGUUGGAUGGAGGAAAGGAGGAAGAGAGUGACACAAAGGUAGAGUCUUCAGUGAUCCACAACUUCCUCCAGCUUCCUUUGAGGCACAAGAUCCCUACAAGACCAGUUCCAAAAAAGGAUGCAACCAUCUGUAACGUGGACUCCAUGCUGUUCUUCCCCUCGGCCUCAGCGGAAAACUAUGUCACCUUUUUCCGGACUCUCCCCGACCUUCCAGAACUCUCUGUGUGUUUGUGGCUCCGCGUGGAGGCAUCUCAUGUCGGCACCCUGCUCUCUUAUGCCACAGACGACAACGACAACCAGUUGGUUCUGUAUGGCCGAAACUCCUCUGCCUCUCCUGCAUCCUUCUUUUCUUCUUCCUCAUCUUCCCACCCCCUCUAUGCCUCCUCUUCCUCCCCUUCCCUGGACUUUGUCAUCGGAGACCCUGUCUAUCGCCGUAUCCCGACGUCAUCACUCCUGGACGGUCGCUGGCACCACCUCUGUGUCCUCUGGUCGUCCAUCCAGGGUCGUUUCUGGCACUACAGCGACCGCCGGCUCGCUUCCUCAGGCUCCAACUUUAGAAAGGGCUGGGAGAUUCCUGGAGGUGGCUCAGUGGUGCUGGGGCAGGAGCAGGACACUGUUGGUGGAGGGUUUGACCCUGCAGAAGGUUUUGUCGGGCAGGUGGCGGGGUUCAGGGUGUGGAACCGAGUGCUGAGUGGGUCAGAAGUGGAAGGGGUGGCAGAGGGAAGAGGUGUGCCCAGGGGGGUGGUGCUUGGCAUGGAGGACAUAAAGGAGGUACAUGGGGAGGUGCAGCAGGUGGCAUGUGAAUGCUUAGAGCACUGUGUGUGAUCACGUCACAGAGAGGGAUUCAAAAGAAGAGUUUUAUUCUAAAUCAUAAUUUCUGCAGGGGAUGUUAAUGCCUCUUGCUCGCCUGCCUCUUAAACAGCUCGGUCACCAAAAGAAAAUCUUGGCAUUGUAAGUUUCAGCAAACCAUGGAUACAUUACGUUUCAUACAUAUCAUAACUAUAUUUCCAAAGAGACGUAGUUCUGAUAACAUAUAUAAGAGCUGACUUUGUCACUGGGGGGUGGAGGGGAUGGUGAGACAGCUGCCAAGCUGCAGAACACUAUUUGAAACCAAAAACAACCAAACAGGUUGUUUUUUAGUGAGACGUCAGUGGUGUAUCCAGAAACAUUUGUGCCAUCAAACCUGGGUGUCUAUUAGCAACACAAUAUGACGUUUGUGCCACAAAACUUGGGUGUUUUUAGCAACACAUUACAGCAUUUCCAGAUGCAUUUGUGCCACCAAACCCGGGUGUUCAUUAGCAACACAACGCAACAUUUCUGCCUCCAAACCUGGGUGUUUUUAGUGACACAUCAUGGGGUUUCCAGGGGCAUUUGUGCCACCAAUCCUGGAUGUUUGUUAGCAACACAUACGCUGUUUGUGCCACCAAACCUGGGUAUUAUUUAACGACACAUUGUGGGGUUUCCAAAGGUGUUUGUGCCAGGUGGUUUUUAGCAACACAUGUGCCGUUUGUGCCACCAGACCUGGGUGUUUUGUAGCGACACAUCGUUGGAUUUCCAGAGGUGUUUGUGCCACCAAAAAACUGGGUGUUUUUAGUGAGACAUCGUGGUGUUUCCAGCAGCAUUUGUCCCCACAAACCUGGAUGGUUUUUAGCGAUGUAUUAUGGCAUUUCUUAACCAUUAUCCAGGGCUUUUUGUGCCUAAACAUAAGCACAGCACAGUUAAAACUAAAGUUUCAACAUAUCCUCUGCAUAAUAAUGUGCAAAUGUCACAUAUCUGCGGUUCGCAGAGAUGUACAAUGCCAACAUUUAUUGUGGUGAUUGGGCUCUCUUUAAAGGCCAAAUAACCACUUUUUUCCUUCAAGAUUUUAUUUUUUCAAAAUUGCUGGAUGUACACGCAGCGGUAUACUUUUACUGGAAUUAAAGAUAGAUUAACCAAAACUGGGACUGGUAAGACUGAUAAGCUAUGCAGUAUUAACUUGUGAUUGAUCUAUCAGACAAUUGUUAAACACUACAAAGAAGUGUGCCUGUAAAUGUGAUAUUAAUGUCCAUUGUUUUAAUGCCAAACACUUCUGAAGGGGGAAUAUAACACUAUUUCCACCAGUGGAUAAGUAGUUUGGUAUUAAACUCU